UAGGUCUGGGUGGACUUGUUGAGUCGAAGGGCCUGUUUCCACACUAUAGGGAAUCUAAUCUAAGGUUUGCACUAGAAACCAAUUAAAGAUCAUCAGCUGGCUCUUGGAGUGAUAUGUUUGCAUGUGCCAGGAGCUAGACAUAUAAAUAACACUGGACCCUAUUUUAUAUAUGCAAAAUGAAUUUUCACAUACAUUGCACCUUUUUCAUGAAAAAUGGUGGCAUUGAGACAGCCAAUCUCUGCUACAUCCCAAUAGCAACAAACCAAUCAAUCAGAAUCCAUUAGGUGGUUUGAGAAUUAAGACUGACAGGUAACAGUUCUUUCUGUAUCCCCUUAUCAGUAUGCUCCAACCAAUCAGCACUCUCUUCUCUCCCUUUAUAAAAUGGUGUUUCUUUUUUUGCCAAAUCACUUUUGUGUGUUCUAGGUCUGACGUGUGUGAGAUGAAAAGCUUCAACUUCUUGUCUCUUUUUAGGAAUAAACCCCUCGACAAUAUAAUUUUUUUUCAAAAGGUGCUGAACUCAACUGUAACAUCCUUAACUCUCAUUGUUGCUGAGAUCAACUCUAGUAAACUCCAUCAGCUAACUGUCAGUGGUGGUUCUGUUAGUAUCCUCCAAACCCAUUUAUCUAACAUGUAUGAUGGUAAUUCUGUACUUAGUUCUUGACCAUUCUCUGGUUUUAUUUUAAAUAUAAAAACAAAAUGCUGUGAGAGCUGGGAAUCCAAAUAAAAACAGAAGGUGUUGACAGUUCUCCACAGAUCCGCUGGGAUUCAUAAGGAGAGAAACAAAGUUAAUGCCUAUGGUUGAUGACCUUUCAUCAAAACUUCCUUUUUUAAAAAUGGAAAGCCCCAAAGAUUACAGAAAUUAGUUCACCUGGUUUAUCUGGAUCAUAUGCAUGCUUUACAUCGCAGUGCAGGGAUUGAUUAAAAUAACCUUUUUUUCAAUAUUGUAUUACUAUUUCUAUAGGAUCUUCAACAUAAAGAAACAUCACAAAACACAUUGCAAUAAGGAAAUUAAACACUCAUCCACAAAAGGAGAGCAAGAGGAUGUGGAAAUACACAAAUAAUAAGCCUCCACAUGGACACAGAAGUGGCGUGGAUUCAAAUUGUGCAUUAACUAAGAAAGCAGCAAUCAAACAGCCUGGAUGGGAUGUGGAACACAACAAAACUGUAUAUUCCCUUGGUGUAAUCUUAAGGAACAGCUCUUUAGAAAAUGUCAGCUGUUUGAAACUCAGCAAAACUUCAUCAACCAAGAGAACUAGUAGGAUCCAACAUAUGGCUGAAAAGCCAUAUUCAUGUGUGUUCGUUAAUUCCUGUGCAGCAACAGAAAAUCAAGUGAAGUUGACAAUUAUGUUUCCUCCUGAUUUUAGAAAAAACCACCAAAGUGAUUUUAAAGGUUCACUUGCGAGAACAUGCAGAGCUGCUAAUGGUAGCCUAGCACCUGGCAUUGUAUUGGUGAAGUCAAUGGUUUCAAUGAGAGGAAGAAAUGGGACCAAACAGCAAAAUCGGACCAGGACCGUUACCAGCAUUUACAAGCCAGUACAACAUACAAAGAGCUUGGAGAAAGUAACCUGUCUGAUAAAUCUUCCAACACCUAAUGCACCUACAGAACUGAUUUUAGGAUGUCCUUUUGUCAUUGCAAUUAAAAAAAACAAGCAUAUUGUUCAGGGGAAGAAAAGGAAAUUUAACUUCAACAUUACGGACAGCGAGCAAAUCAUUGAGUUUAAGAUAACUGGUUUUGUGGACCAAAUUAACUUAAUCUGCUCGAAACAAAACGAUUCACUUCCUGAAGGCAUUGAACUGAUCGAAAAUAAGCUCAAAUUUAAAGCACCUCUGAAAGAAUAUUAUGCUGGCAUGUAUAUGUGUGAAGCAUCUUAUCAACACUGGACAAAGAAAACAUAUUGGGAAAUUGAGAUCACUCCAGCUGAAAACCAAUGGCUUCCUACAAAAACCGUUCUACCAGCAUUAUGUAUUUUCCUCGCAGCCAGUGUUUGUGUCUGCUGUGUUUUAAGAUGGCACAGAAGAAAGAAACUGGUUGUUAUUCCCAAGCAAUAUUCAAUUCAAAACAUUGGAUACCAGGCUACCAGAGAUGCCCAUCACUGCAUUAAAACACGACAAGAUGUUGAAGGUGGUGUCAGCAGAGUUACUAUACCACAGGAUUCUCAAAGAAAUACUGGCCCUGCAAAUACAACUCAGGAGUCGAUGGGUCAUGUUGAUGGCACCAAUGUGUUCCAAGUUGCUAAGGAGGAUGGUGACGCAUCUGAAGAUUCCAAACAGCAUGUUAAAAGUCCCAAGCUUGAUGCGAGUGAUAAGGAGCCGAUAGUUUAAACAAGUCUAGUAAUGGAGUUGGCUCCAUUUUCUUUAGCCAAAAAAAGCCAAUGUGCAAAUUUUAUAGUUUGUUGGCCCCAAGUCUGUAUGGAAAAAGAAAUAAAUUUUUCUCCGAAUUCAAAGUGAAUCACUCUUGCUCGCCUACAACCAGAUAGUUUCAUAUUGGGAGUUUCGUAAUGGAAAUUGGGAGAUAUGAAGGAACGUUAUUCAUGACUCUGUGGGUGUGGAGUGUCUUGCACCUUGGGACACUGAAGGAACCAGGAGAAUCAUUUUAUGAUUGCUUAUUUAAUUAGUUAUUUUUCCCCCAUGAAGUCUCCAACAGUCGGGCUAAUCUCAUCAGUAAAUAUCAUUCUAAAAUUGCCCCUUGGGG